UUUCUCAACAACAAUUUCGAUAAACAGAAAAAACAGGGAUUGUUCUUAUCUCGGUUUUCAGCCUUAGCUGGUCAGACAUUUUAUUAUUGAUAUUCAUUCUCUUCCAAACAGAGAGAGAGAGAGAGAGAGCGAGAGAGAGAGAGAGAGAGAGAGAGAGAGAGAGAGAGAAAUUUGGAGAAAAUGAGUCAUUCUUCUUCUUCAUCAUCUUGGUUGAAUGUUGGUUUACAAUAUCUUCUGAUAAUUACAAUAUGGGGCCUGGUGGGUCUCGGAAUUGCACAACUCAGCCCUGAAAAAAUUGCAGAACAAAUAAUAGCAGAACAGGAAGCAGAUAGAGUGGUUGGAUUACCAGGGCAGCCUCCUGUGAACUUCAAGCACUAUGCAGGCUAUGUGACAGUCAAUCAAACCCAUGGAAGAGCACUCUUCUAUUGGUUCUUUGAAGCCAUUAACCAACCUCAAGAUAAACCUCUUAUCCUUUGGCUCAAUGGAGGUCCUGGAUGUUCCUCAAUUGGGUUUGGAGCAUUAGAAGAGCUUGGCCCUUUCUCCCCUCAAAGGGGCAGCAACCCACUAUUAAAGAUCAAUCCUUAUACAUGGAACCAUGCUGCCAAUUUAUUGUUUUUGGAGUCUCCUGUUGGGGUUGGAUUUUCCUAUACCAAUACUAGUCAAGACAUCAAGGAACUAGGAGACACAAUCACAGCAAAGGAUUCACACACUUUCUUAAUCAACUGGUUUCGAAGAUUUCCACAAUACAAGUCCCAUGAGUUCUACAUUGCUGGAGAAAGCUAUGCAGGACAUUAUGUUCCACAACUAUCCGAGCUCAUCUUUGACCAAAACAAAGAAGCAUCCAAGGAAGACUAUAUAAAUCUCAAAGGCUUGAUGGUUGGGAAUGCAGCGUUAGACGAUGAAACGGAUCAGAAGGGCAUGAUUGAUUACGCAUGGGAUCAUGCGGUGAUAUCAGAUAAGUUGUACGAAGGGAUCAAGAAGAAUUGCAACUUCAGUGAAGUUCAACCUUCACAUGAAUGCAACGAGCUUCUUGAUGAUUACUUUGACGUCUACGACAUCAUUGACAUGUACAGUUUAUACACUCCUACGUGUGUGGAAACCAAUUCUAGUAGAACAAGGCAGCUAUUCCCUCUUACUCGUCGCAAUCCCAAUGUUCGGGGAUGGCACAGAAGACCAGCAGGAUAUGAUCCCUGUGCAUCAGAUUAUACAAGUACCUAUUUGAAUAGGCCUCAUGUUCAGAAAGCAUUGCAUGCCAAUGUCACCCACAUUCCCUAUCGAUGGUCUCAUUGCAACGAUAACAUCACAUUCUGGAAAGAUGCACCAUCAUCUAUGCUUCCUGUUCUUAGAAAGCUUAUAGCUGGCGGUCUCCGAGUAUGGGUUUAUAGUGGAGAUACUGAUGGAAGAAUCCCAGUUACUGGAACUAGAUACACACUCAAAAAGCUUGGCUUGAAUAUACUUCAAGACUGGACGCCUUGGUACAACUAUAGACAGGUUGGAGGGUGGAUAGUUGUGUACGAUGGACUUGUGUUUGUGACAAUCAGAGGGGCUGGUCAUGAAGUUCCUGUAUUUGCACCAAGGCAGGCUCUCUUGCUCAUUGAGCAUUUCUUGGCAAAUAGGAAUUUACCAUCUAAACCAUUUUGAACUUUUUUUUAAUUUUUUAUCUGAUUUCCUAGUUUCGCCAAUAAAUAGGAUAGUCUAGUGAUUCUUGAACUGAUUUCAACACGAAUCAAAUUGUUUGGUUUUAUUAUUCUUUCAACU